UCUACCAUGAUUGUUAUUUCAAAUGUCAUUCAUUUUGAUUUUCGAUGCAAAAGUCACUUGGAAUAUUUGGUACUAGGUGGCUUCAAAUGUUAUUCAAAUUUCCAAGGACAAACACAAGGUCCAAGCGCCUUAAAUCGCUGUCAUAACAAAAUACGAAAUAAUUGCAAUAUCUUUAUAUCAUAGUCAUAUCAACGUUCGUCGUUCUAUGAUUAUUGAUUUUUUUCCACUUAGAUAUCGUCUGUCUUACAGUCUUGACCGUUGAAGCCUUAAUGCCAGUGUUAAAACUGGUUUUCCUAUCAGAUUGAUUAAAAUCCCAUGAAGAUUUCUUAAAAUGUCGUACUCUAACGGCGGUGGUUACGAACAAAUUGGUGCUGGAUCGUCGCUCUUGCAUCCUGGUUUACCUUCAUCAGACGUCAAAGGAUCUAGAUUGCUACAUUUUAUUCUUGGUUCCAUCACUGCUGUUAUUGUAGUCAGCACGUUUAUUGGUUCUUUCAUUUUUCACAAAGAAUCUUCAGUACAGCUAAAUGUUUUCUUUUCCUCCUGCAUCCUGUUGACUUGUGUUUCCAAUAUUGCUUUGAUGAUUUGGUACAGAAAUCAACUAUCAACUUCUGGAGUUCGAUUCAUCAUCUAUUUCAACUCCAUAAACAUCAUUUUGCUCUGUAUUUGUGCCAAUUUGUACCACCACGGUUUCUAAUGAACUUUGUUUUACAUUAUCCCCAUUCUACGCGAGAAAUGACGAUUAAAGAUGAUUUGGUCAACUAAACGGUGUGUAUAUAAUGCCAGCAGAAAGUAUAACAGGACUGAAUUUUUGGUAACUAUUUACAUGUUCUUAAAUGAUUCCAACUGGUAAACUUAUAAUAUUAAAGAAAACAAAUAAAGUCAAUAACACACAAUGACAAUCAUCUGAUUUUCGGUAGAACUAAAGGACAGGGAUUUU